UUUCCAAAGCACCAGGGACAACAGUUAAGGUAAGAUGGGGGAGGGGAGGAGACAAAAUGUGAUUUUAGGAACAACCUCUUCCUCCAGAAUCAACCCCGGUGACUUUCUGUUCUAUGUUUUAUUUGUUCAUUUGUUUUCAUCUGUCGUUAUUUCUUGAUUGUUUCCAGGUCAACCCAAGAAUGGGCCGCCAUGCCCAUGCGAUUACACUCAUCAGAUCUGCAAUUGGUCAACGGAGCACCACCCCGCCAAACUACGUUCUGUCCGCUGCUCUCCAUGCUGGAGGAUCAGUCGAGCAAGCGAUUCAAAUCCUAGAAUCGUACGCGGACAUCGUUUCGCCAAGGCAGGACAUUUCAAUGCGUCGGGGGAGGACAAGCUGGGGCCGUGGGCAUGUAGGACCGCCCACCGAAAUAAUUGCUCCACAACCUCCACAGCAACCUCCACUGCAACCAGCACCUCCAGCACCUGCAUCGAUUCCUCCACAGAAGCCAUCAUGUCUGGGAGAAAUAACAAUCAGUUCCGAAGAGGAGCCGCCAUCCGCAGACACAUCGAGAACUGAUGCAGUAGAUUAUACGGGAUGCAGCUCUUGCGACAAGCCUGAUAACUAGAUGUUUGAAGCAGGCAGCCUAGAACUCCAUAGGGAAAAAAAAGGAGGUGUUUGCAUUUCGGGCAUCUUGGAAUUUUUUGAUUACUUGAUGACGUAGGUGGGUACAGUGUGAAGGGGACGUCCCUGUACCCAGCUACGUCAUCAAGUCAUCAAAAUAUUCCAAGAUGCCCGAAAUGCAAACACCUCCUUUUUUUUCUCUAUGCUAGAACUCAGGUCUCGAAAGAAAAUGCCAACUAUUUUUGUUCCUCAAUGAUUACUUUUAGACUGAAUUGACGCUGCGCAAAACUGUUUUACUUCUCUCUUACUGCCCUUUUUAAACAAUAUAUAUAUAUAUAUAUAUAUAUAUAUUUUAAAUUUAAUGGUCAUUUUGUUUACUUGCUAAUUUUAAUAUUCAGUUAUUAGUGUUUAAAUGCGUCAUUGAGUUGCUAGUGUAACACUGAUUUUUGUUCCUAUUUUCGGAAACUUGAAUAAAUUUCAUGCGCUCAUGUAAACAAGCUCGUUCUGAGACUAACAGUGCAAAUAUGGCAAAUUUCACCUGAGCCUUUCUUUAGCAUGUUCAACCCUUAUUUUGUACUUGUAUCCCCUUGAAAUAUCAUUACGUUAGUGAGUCAACAGAGUAAUGCUGAUUUUUAUUCCUAUUUUCGGAAACUUGAAUAAAUUUCAUGCGCUCAUGUAAACAAUCUCGUUCUUAGACUAACAAAGCAAAUAUGGCGAAUUUCACCUGAGCCUUUCUUUAGCAUGUUCAACCCAUAUUUUGUACUUGUAUUCCCUUGAAAUAUCAUUACGUUAGCAAGUCAACAGGGAAUUACUGAUUUUUUGUUUUGUUUUCAAGAACUUAAAUAAAUUUUCUUUUUUCUACUACCUUA